AUGUCGACGUCUCCAAGCCUCCUACGCUCCGCUCGACAUAACGUCCGCAGAUUGCCCUUCACGGCAUCCAGCUCUGUCGCUCCAAAGUACUUAGUAAAAACCAACUCAAGAUGUCUAGCGACAGUCAACCCGGGUCCUAGAGCAUUACCGGAGAUCUCCUUCACUGGAUCCUUUCCACGAUAUGCUCCCACGCCCAGCGACCCAAAGAAACCAUCAGAUGAGCGAACCGUAAAGCUCGGGAAAACCAAACUAGCUCUCAGAAUCCUCCAAGCUCGCCUCCCAACCCUCCUCCAAUCCCCACUCCCCCAAGAAAUCCUCUCCCCGCAGAUAACCCUCCACCUCUUCCCCUCCACGCACCCCCAUCUCCCCGCCGUUUCCGGGCGCGUAGCCUAUUCCGCGGCGCUAUGGACAUCCCCUAUAGCCUGGGGCCGCCUUCCACACCUCAAGCUAUCCAUCCUCUCGGAACGCAUGGUGAAACGCGGCAGCAACUCCUCCAGCCGCCCCGAGCAGCUCAUCGUACGAUGGAGCACCAUCGGCAAGACGCGGGGCAAGGGCACGGGGGCGUUAUACAAGGGAAUAGGAGCUAAAGACAACGUCGACAAGAUUACAGAGUGGUUAGGGGGCGGGAAGGGCGAAGAUGAUAGUAAGGAGUUUACGGGGUUGUUUAUUUUCGAGUUUGAUGAGGAGGGCAGGAUUGUAUCGCAUACCAUUGAACAUGUUGAAGAAGGCGGGAAUUGGGAUCAGGGUGUUGGGGCUAAGGUUGUGGGACUUACCGAUUGGUUGCUAGGAGGGUUGAAGAAAAAUGGGAGGGAGGAAGGGACUCCUUGUCCCGCAUGUUGGACUCAAGAAGGAGAGGAGCAGCGGAGACGGAGGUAG